CUGAGGAGAUCAAUAUCUCCAAGUUCCAAGUAUCUGUUUUCCAUUUGUGGUCACCCUUUCGGAAAAUUCGCUGUAGGUAGCAGGGAGCCAUUGAAUAUUUUUGACCAGUAGUAUGAUAUAGAAAGAGCUGUGCUUCAGGGUGAUUAAUCUGAAUGGAUUGAAAGGGUGCCAGACUGGGCAAGUGACCGGGAGGCAAUCACAAUAACCCAGAAUUUUUCCGAGAGCUCCUGGAGAAUGCAGAGAAGUCACUGAAUGAUAUGUUUGUACGGACCUAUGGAAUGCUGUACAUGCAGAAUUCAGAAGUGUUCCAGGACCUUUUCACGGAGCUGAAAAGAUAUUAUACUGGGGGCAAUGUAAAUCUGGAGGAGAUGCUCAAUGACUUCUGGGCUCGGCUCCUGGAACGGAUGUUCCAGCUGAUAAACCCACAGUAUCACUUCAGCGAGGACUACCUGGAAUGUGUGAGCAAAUACACAGACCAGCUGAAGCCCUUUGGAGAUGUACCCCGGAAACUGAAAAUUCAGGUCACCCGCGCCUUCAUUGCUGCCCGGACUUUUGUCCAGGGGCUAACUGUGGGCAGAGAAGUUGCAAACCGAGUUUCCAAGGUCAGCCCGACCCCGGGGUGCAUCCGAGCCCUCAUGAAGAUGCUGUACUGCCCGUACUGCCGAGGGCUUCCCACCGUGAGACCUUGCAAGAACUACUGCCUCAACGUCAUGAAGGGCUGCCUGGCCAACCAGGCUGAUCUGGACACCGAAUGGAAUCUGUUCAUAGUUACUGACAACUUUGAAGAAGUUGCUGCUAGACCCAUUUUAGAGAACAUGAAAGUCUCAGUUGAUCUCUGCCAGAACUGUCAGCUGCUUUCUAGAAGCAUGUGGGAUUCCCCAGGACUGAGCCCAGCCCAGCCUCAACUUGGGGCACCCAAGCGGCUGGGCAUGCUAGGCCACACCCCUGAGCUAG